CAGAUUCCUUUGACAUUGCACUGGAGGAGGGACAAUUUCAAAGUGUUACAAAACGGGAAGAAUUAAUUGAGAAAACAAUUUGUUCCCCGCGUUUCAGUUGCAAUAUUAUAUUAUUGUAGCUAACGUUAGGGGAAUCAUGUAUCGGCGCGCUGUGCAGUCCGGCGUAAGAAGCAUUAUAAAUAUUUCAGCAUCCAGGGCAGCACUUGGAAAGGCAGUAGAGCAAGAAGCAUGUGUCUCACGAGCUUUAGCGGUUUGCGCGAGGGUAGGCCCCUCCAGCCCGUCUCAGACACAGUGCCGGACACUGCACAACACCAGAGAGCUCUAUUCAGUAAAAGAAACUCCACAAGCCACAGAGGAGGAGGUGGGAGCGUUCACCAAGCUUAUCGAAGCCAUGGGCUUCACAGGACCUCUCAAAUACAACAAAUGGAAAAUUAAGAUUGCUGCCUUGCGUAUGUAUACUUGCUGUGUCGAGAGAAUCAACUAUGACGAAUUCUUUGAAAAGUGCUCCCUCCCAGACACGCUCAACUCCUGGUUUCUGGUGGCCCAGCUCCACGUCUGGAUGUGUCUGGUACGGAUGAGGCAGGAGGGUCGUGCCGGGAAGUACAUGUGCCGCUACAUCGUUCACUCCAUGUGGGAGGACGUGGAGCAGAGGAGCAAAAUCAUGGGGAUCGAUGCCAUCCAGCGGAAGGAAAGCAUGAAAGCCAUGACAGAGACUUUCUACGCUGCUAUUUUCGGAUACGAUGAGGGAAUCCUGUCUGAUGAUGGAGUGCUGGCGGCCGCGCUGUGGCGGAACCUGUUCAACAGACAGUGUGAGGACCCCAGGCAGCUGGAGCUGAUGGUGGAAUACGUCCGCAAACAGAUGCAGUUCAUCGACUCUCUGGAUGGAGAGGACCUGAUCCUGACCGGGGAAGUCAAGUGGCGCCCACUGAUAGAGGAGAAUGCACAGAGCAUCCUGAAGGUCCCCACUCCCACCUACAAUGAUGCCGGUCUCUGAGGUCUCUCUCCAGCCCCCCCCACCCUUCACCCUGCGUCCGGACACUCUGUAGACAGCAUAGACAUCAGGGCCCCUCUCCCUGAUCUACACACACUCUCCCCCCCCCCGUUCACCAAGCGACUGGCAGGAAAAUACUCUUUGGCAUCAUUUCCUAUAAGUCUUGGGAGUAAGAAGACAGCUCUUUGGGAUUUUGCACUUUCCUUUUUAAGCAUUUAGAAAGGAUUUCUGUAUUUAUAUGUUUUUUUCUUUACAGAUGCCACAGUAUUUAUAAAUAAGUACUCACAGUCUCCCUUGUACACACCCUGUCUUCUUUGUUUGGUGCAACGGUUCCAUGUUUCUGUGCUCUCGGAGGAUUAUGGGAAAUGUUGUGCCCCAAGGACCAUCAUUCUGUAUCGAAUGGGGCUUUCAUUUUAAAUGAAAUAAAAUGUUCUCUGGGUGUAUACCAGUCAUUUACAAAAUAUAUCUCUGUUUCCCUUAUUUUACAAGGAAAUGUGCUGUAUGUUUUCCCCCAAUUAGUGUCUUGAUGUGUCUUCUGUAAUGACAUGACAAUCGGUGGGCUUCUGAGCUGAUGCAGAUGGUACCCACUCUGAGGUAAUGAAUGUUUGUCUCCACAGCAACGGGUGGUGUGGGGUUGCAUCCCUGCAAUCAGAUCAUGAACGUGUCUGAAAGGAGCUAUAUUGAAUUUCUUCAAGCAUAAGGACUGUUGCAUUUGCUUUGGUCUGUUAUCUUCCCAGCAGGGGGCGCCAGGUCUCUCUGGGCAAACGUGUUCACAGCAAGUAGUUUCUUGUCCACUCCUUACAUUUACUGUACGCAAUUGUAAGACAU